GGAGAGAGAAAAGAUAAACAGCUUUCGCUACAGGAGAGAAGAGAUAGAGAGAGAAAGCACUGCCCUAGAAAAUAUGAAUCCCGAUAAGGACUGGUGUUUGCUAAGGAGCUUCUUGUAGCAACUAAUAUACACACGCUUUCUUUCUAUUCCUUCAUUCCAUCACAAAAAAAACUAAAAAAAUGGCUUCUUUUCUCUAUUAUUUCUCGCUUUCCCUUUAAUUCCUUUUAGUCUAUUGGUUUUCCUAAGAAAAAAAAACCCAUCUUCUUCAAAGCUUCUUAUUCUCAAAAGGUUGGACCUUUUAACAGUUUAAUCCCUGUUCUCUAAUUGUAUGUUAUUCCAGGUAAAUGCAUGGAUCGAAGGGAUGCUAUGGCGUUAUCGGGCUCUUCUUCUUACUAUAUUCAACAACGAGGAAUAACUGGAACCGGAACACAGACCGGGGUACAUGGAUCAUCGGGCAUUCAUCCGAUAUCGAGUCCUAAUGUUCAAUACCAAUCGAGUAUUAAUGCCACUACCAUGGGAGCAACCUUAUCUGUAGAGCCUUUGUCGGGAAUGUCUCCUCGUAGUGUCAAUGUGGGCAUGUCUCCUACGGUGCCAGUGCAGUCUAGCGAGACAGUGAAACGUAAAAGAGGAAGACCUCGGAAGUAUGGACCCGAUGGAACUGUUUCGUUAGCACUGACUCCUGCAUCAGCUACUCAUCCUGGAACGAUAACUCCGAUCCAAAAACGGGGAAGAGGGCGGCCACCGGGUACCGGAAGGAAGCAACAAUUGUCUUCCCUCGGUGAAUUGCUGUCUGGUUCAGCUGGGAUGGGUUUUACUCCACAUGUCAUCACCAUUGCGAUAGGAGAAGAUAUUGCGACAAAAUUGAUGUCAUUUUCACAGCAAGGGCCAAGAGAAGUAUGCAUUUUGUCAGCCAAUGGUGCCGUCUCAACUGUUACUCUUCGCCAACCUUCAUCGUCGGGUGGCACCGUUACAUAUGAGGGACGAUUCGAGAUAUUAUCUUUGUCGGGGUCUUACCUGUUGACAAACAAUAGUGGCUAUCGCAACCGAACUGGUGGUCUAAGUGUUUCUCUUGCCAGUCCUGAUGGCCGUGUCAUUGGUGGAGGUGUCGGAGGGAUGCUUAUUGCGGCAAGCCCAGUUCAGGUGAUUGUGGGGAGCUUUAUCUGGGGUGGCUCAAAGACAAAGAGCAAGAAAGGGGGAGGUCAAGAAGGUCUAAAGGACUCAGAUGAUCAGAUCGUCGACAAUGUAGUAUCUCCGCCCGGCAUUUCACCGAAUCAAAAUCUGACUCUGACUUCGGCUGCAGGGGUGUGGCCGGGGCCACGAUCAAUGGAUAUGCGUAACAAUAGCCAUGUCGACAUCGAUCUAAUGCGUGGAUGACGAGGACGACGACUCUUUUCCGUAAUAGUUUCGCUAUCAAUGUAGAUAGUUUGCCGUUGAUUGCGGGAUAUGUUCGGGGCAGCCUGGUCUUCGGCUUCGAUGAUUCCCACUUGCAUGGCAAUGACAGAAUGGAAUUUGGUCUGAUAUUUGUAGGUGUGAUGACAGUUAGUUUGGAAAUUGUAGAAUUCGUGAUUUCAACUGAUCCUUAGGCUUUUGCAUUUCAUUUUUCUACUGUUUGAACCAAAUAAGAUAUGCUUCUCUAAUCUCCAUAGACAGCAGCUCUUUGUUUUCUUCG